CAACAUCUUGAACACCAGGCUGCUGCAGACGAGCGACAACGCCAAGGUGUAUUAUCCAAACAACGUGCUGGCGGGAAAGCCCGUCCUCAACUUCUACCGGUCGCCCGACCAGUCUGACAGCUGGGAGUUCACUAUCUUGGCCAAGACCCCGGUGGAAAAGCUCGGGGUAUUCAAGGAGCGGAUGCUCGCGUACAUUGAGGGCUUGCCGCAGGCGUUCUAUCCGAAAGUGUCUUUGACUGUAAAGGAGAUCGAGGACAGCAGCAAGAUGAAGAUGAGCCUGGGGUGGCAGCACCGGAUGAACUUCCAGGAGAUGGGCGAACGGCUUCAACGCCGGAGCAAGCUGAUCCUGCACGCCCAACAGGAGAUGAUGGAGCUCGGGAUCGGGCUGGACUUGGGACCCACGGGCAUCAAGCUUCACCCGGAAAGCCUCAUCCAGCUGUCGAACCCUCAAGUGUUGCUCGGCAGAUAGGAUUGUGAGGAACGUAAGCACUGCGUUCACAGGGACAGGUUAAUGUUCUUGUAAGGUUAAGGAUAACGGGUGCGCUUUUCCAAGUGUUUGUGAGAGUAUAACCGGUGGUUGUGUGCUAGCAAUCAGGCUAGUGCUAGUUAUGGGUUAGCAUCCCAAGAUCGCCAGAAUGAACGAGAUCACGUCGGGCCUGCGCAUUUGGUGUUUGAGGAGCCCAUCGGAAGAGCUAGAGCAGGUCUAUUCUAAGGGAUGUUGCAGCGGGGUUUAUCCCCUGCUUUAAAGGUUACACGCGCGGGACGCACCCAAAAGGUAGCAAUGCCCGCGCAUACACUGUGACCAGAUCUGGUGACCAGACUGAUGACUCAUGGGGAGUCGGACUUUACAAAUUAACCAGAUAAACUCGUGCACGAGUUUAUC